CAAAAAGAAAAAUCAAGGCUCUCUCCUUCCAGACUUCCAGUCAACAACAGAUCGAGCUUGAACAGAAGAGAAAACAUGGCUAAAAAGGCACAUGUUUCUGCCUAUGUUGUUGCUUCCUUAGCAUGUUCCACGGUUCUUAAUCUCUUCUUUAUCGUCAAUCUGUACGUGGGUGGUGAUUGGAAGCUGAGUUGGAGCAAAAAAGCAGCAGCAGAAGCAGAAGCUGUGGCAGCCAUCUCAUGCUCCGGCCAUGGCAGGGCCUACUUGGAUGGGAUGGUUGUUAAUGGAAAACCCAUCUGUGACUGCAAUUCCUGCUAUGGAGGCCCUGACUGCUCUGUGUUUUUACCUGCUUGUGCUGUAAACGUAGAUGGUGGAGAUCCAUAUUUCUUGGAACCUUUCUGGAUGCAGCAUGCAACUAGUAGUGCACUUGUAGUGGCAGGGUGGCAUCGAAUGGGCUAUUCCUAUGCACACAGUGAUCAAUGGUCCAUGUCCGGAGAGUUAGAGAGGCACAUCCGCAGUUUACAUUCCGUCGUCGGAAAUGCUGUCACCGCCGGAAGGUACAUCGUUUUCGGUGCCGGCUCAACCCAACUUCUUAAUGCUGCAGUGAAUGCACUCUCCUCCGAUAAUUCCUCUACGCCUGCAAGGGUCGUAGCUUUGUCUCCUUAUUACCCGGUUUAUAAAAGUCAAACAGAUCUUUUCCAAUCGACGAACUAUAAAUUUGAAGGAGAUGCAUCCUUGUGGGAGAACAGUACAGACAAUGGUACUAUGAAUUUCAUUGAGUUUGUAACUUCACCAAACAAUCCCGACGGACAGCUGAGAGAGGCCGUCCUUCAAGGGCCAAAUGCCAAAGCAAUACAUGAUCUGGCCUAUUAUUGGCCACACUUCUCACCAAUUCCUGCUCCUGCUGAUGAAGAUAUUAUGUUGUUUACAAUUUCUAAACUAACCGGUCAUGCCGGCGCUAGAUUCGGGUGGGCAAUAAUAAAGGAUGAGGCUGUGUACCAACGAAUGACAACGUAUUUGAUGUCAAACACUUUUGGUGUUUCUCGGGAUUCUCAAUUAAGAGCUUUAAAGCUUUUAAAAGUAGUCCUUCAAGGCAGAGGAAGAGAAAUAUUCGAAUUUGGAUACGAGUCCAUGAGAGAUCGCUGGGAAAAUUUGAUCAAUACUUUACUCUCGUCCAAACGCUUUUCUCUCCAGAAACUUGCACCUCAAUUCUGCAGUUUCUUCCAGAAAGUUAGAGCACCUUCACCAGCUUAUGCAUGGGUGAAGUGUGAGAGGGAAGAGGAUAGAGAUUGUUAUUCGGUCCUGGAAGCAGGCAGUAUAACUGGCCGUGAAGGUGGCCUGUUUGGUGCUGAAGAUCGUUAUGUGCGUCUCAGUCUCAUCCGAAGCCAAGAUGAUUUUGAUUUAAUGCUUCACCGGCUAAGCAAAAUUUCAGGGGAAGAGGAGGCCAAACCUCUGUAAUUAAUGUAAUCAACUGACGUUGAUUACAGGCUGUCGCCAUUUAUUUUGUAACAAAUCAGUAUUAGUAAGGUGGUCAUGUCUAUUGACCCGCUCUAUAUAUAGAAAGAGUAAGGCUAGAAAUUACAUUUUUAUUUUA